AUGUACAGCUAUGUCCCUAGCAGAGCCGGCAUCUAUCUUGUGAUCUGCCACAGGUUUCCCUUCGCAGGUGGCCAGUACCGUAUUGUGGCCGAGCUCAGCCCGCCUCGGUUUCGGACGGUCUUGAGCUGGUAUUCCGCAUGGACGACCGUGUUUGGCUGGCUCGCCUUCAAUGGGACCGCGCCAUUCCUCUGUGGGACGCUGAUCCAGGGCUUGAUCGUCCUUAACAACCCCGACUACACGCCUGAGAGAUGGCAGGGCACCUGCUUGUUCUGGGCCAUCCUGGCGGUGGCUUUCGUGAUCAACAUCUACCGUGGCGAUCUGCUUUCAAAGCUAGAGUCUCUGGCGAUGAUCCUGCACCUCAUCUUCUUCCUCAUAGUUUUCAUCGUCGUGCUGGCGCUCUCGCCUGAUAGACACAGCUCAGCUUUUGUGUUUACCAAGUUUCAGAAUAGCACAGGCUAUAAUAGCGAUGGGAUCGCUUGGUCACUAGGCAUGCUUACGUCGGCCUAUGUCAUGGUUGGCUUUGACUCUGCCAUGCAUGUCGCUGAGGAGACGAAGAAUCCGCGCAAGGACGUGCCUUGGGCAAUGGUCGGCUGCCUCCUGGUGAAUGGGUCCAUGGGCUUCGCCAUGCUCAUCGCCGUUCUAUACGGCAUGGGUGACCUCGACACAGCCAUCAACACACCGAUCGGCUUCCCCAUUGUCGAAAUGUUCCUGCAUAUCUCCAGAGGUAGUAAGGCGGCGGCUACGGCAAUGACUUGCACCAUCGUCAUCUCGGCCUGGUUUGCCGCGGUAGGGAUGCUUGCCUCAUCCUCGCGCGCCCUGUAUGCGUUUGCGCGUGACGGCGGAACUCCUUUUGCGUGGUGGCUGUCCCGACUGCAUCCGCAGCGGCGGGUGCCCACCAACGCCGUCAUUUGUGUGUGUUCCUUACUAACGUUGCUUGCGCUCCUCAAUAUCGCCUCCACGACUGCCUUCAACGCAAUCCUAUCUCUCGCAGUGGUGGGGCUGUACCUCUCUUACCUGAUCUCCGUCAGCAUAAUCCUCUUCCGGCGCUUCUGGAACCCGCAGACCCUACAAUACGGACCGUGGAGGCUCCCGAAGUCAGUUGGCAUGACAGUCAAUGUCUUUUCUAUGAUCUACCUAGCUUACACGGGCAUCUUUCUCCUGUUUCCACCCCUGCAGCCCGUAACUGCCGAUAACAUGAAUUACGCCUGUCUAAUUCUUGGCGCUGCAUUGCUUUUCAGCACGUUUAACUGGUUCCUAUGGGGCCGCAAGCACUUCAAAGGGCCCAGUGAUUUAGCGACCAGUGAUUGA